CAAAUAAGAAGUUUAAGAGUUGUGAAGGAGUACUGAAUCAAGUUAACAACCUCUUAACCAAGUCAAAGCUGAAGAUUGAGGAGGAAUUCAGGCAGUUAAUGAGCACUUACAGCAAAGCUAGUGAGCCCACACAUCUAUUUGAUUGCUUUCCAAACCCGCUAUUGGCAUCAGAAGGGAACUCUAGAGCAGUUGGAGAGCAACUAUCCAAAAGCUUUGAAAGUGCUACAUACAGGACUCCAACACUAAUUCCCCCAAGAAUAUUACCACUUCUGCAUGAUAUAGCUCAUCAGUUGGUUCAGGAUGGAAAUCAACAGCUGUGCUAUAGAAUAUACAGAGAUGCUCGCAGCUCAGCAUUAGAACUGAGUCUUCAAAAACUGGGCAUAGAAAAGCUAACUAAACGUAGCAUGCAGCCGUGGCUGGCCUCAGGAACCUGGAAUCAGAUUAUGCACGUUACAGUUAAAGUAUUACUAGCUGGAGAAAGAAAAAUUUGUAAUCAGAUUUUCGAUGGUAUCACUUUCAACAAGGAUCAAUGUUUUGCUGAAGUGACAGGAAGCAGUGUUAUGACUCUUCUCAGCUUUGGUGAUGUUAUUGCUAAAAGUAAAAGAUCUCAUGAAAAUUUGUUUGUACUGCUGGAGAUGUAUGGAUUAAUGCAUGGACUUAGGUCAGAGGUUGAAGUGACAUUUCAAGGAAAGUUUUGCUCUGGGAUGCGGGAGGCUGCAUUAAGCCUGACUAAGAGCUUGGCGCAAGCUGUACAAGAAACUCUGGUUGAUUUUGAGGUGGCAGUUGAAAAGAAUAAUUCAAAGACUACCGUACAGAAUGGAAAUCUUCAUCCUUUUACAAUCGAAGUGAUUAAUUAUGUAAAAGGCCUAUUUGAUUACCAAUCAACACUGAAAAUACUAUUUCAGCAAUCUGAAAGUGACAGUGAGACUGAAUCUGAACUUGCAACUGUAAUCAUGAAGGUUAUGCAGGCCUUUCAGAAUAACUUGAAUGGGAAAGCUAAGCAGUACAAGGAUCCUGCAUUGUAUCACAUAUUUCUUAUGAACAACCUUCACUAUAUGGUUACGUCUGUUAGCAAAUCAGAAUCCAAAGAUAUACUCGGUGGUGACUGGAUUCAGAGACACCGUAAGAUUGUGCAGCAAAACGCUAAUCAGUACAAGAGGGUAGCAUGGGCAAAGAUUUUCCAGACACUCUCCAUCCAAGUUUCAGGUGGCAAUAGUUCGUCAUCACCAUGUGAUGUUAGCAAAACUGGAGUUUCAAGGACUAUGAUCAAAGAACGGUUCAAGUCCUUCAAUAUACAAUUUGAAGAGCUUCAUUCAAAGCAGUCUCAAUGGACUAUACCUGAUCAGGAAUUGCGAGAUGAACUGAGGCUUGCCGUGGCUGAAAUUCUCUUGCCAGCAUAUAUGUCUUCGUUAGCCGUUUUGGGAAUCUUGUUCAACGUUCGAAGAACCCUCACAAGUACAUCAAAUACACACAAGAAGAAUUGGAUCAAUUGUUGGGUCAGUUCUUCCAAGGACACUAAGCUGGUGAACAGAAGCAGUUAACACAGAGCAGUAUAGGGAGGGAAAAGCCUUGUCUAGGUAAAGUUUUGUACCACAGCUUAUGUCAAAUGUUUCUACAGAAGAACUACCUACCCUUUUGUUUGCACGCCCGUAAAAUGGCACUGAACUACUGAUGUAGCCUAACUAUGGCUCCUCCACAACACCUGUAUCGCGAAGGACUCACGUUCUUUUACUACUUGGCUGAGGCUGAGUACUGUUCCAUGCUAACGUUUGAGAAGACAUUGGCAUAUAUGCAACCUCAUGAGUCAGGAUCCUGUUCCCGAUAUCAAUUUGUGGAGUUAAU